AUGAGAAGUUUAUUUAAGGAUAAGAUGAAGACUUAUAAUUCUUCAUGAUUCAAAGGAAGAGGUAUUGAUGAUGUAAAAGAUUUUAUUAACAAACACAAGCUAGUCUCAUACAAAUAUCCAGAUAUCAAGCACGAGCUUUCACCACCCGAUCUCAAAGUGAUUUUGCAAUUGCCAUGCCCUACUACCGCUGGAUUUCUUAACUCCAAAGCUAUCAGAAUGGCGAAAAUGUUUAGAAAUCAAUUAGAUAUUGAUGAAUCUACCGUAUGCCAAAAAUGCCCAAAAAAAGAGGAAUGCAAAAAUGCAUUUAUUGUUUCUCGGCAAACUCCAACCCUAUCAGAAUAUUUGAAAUUUUUCCAUCACUUUUUGCUUGAUCCACCAAAAGGAGAAAAUGAACUAACAAGUGCGGUCGUUUUGAUUGAUAAAACUACAAACCUUUUAAAAAGGAUUACUGAUGGAAAAUAUGUAAUUGAGAAGCCAUUAAAAGUUUUAGGAGAUAUUGAGGGACCUAUUGCAGCUGAAAAAAUAGAAGAGGCUCCUAAAAUUAAGAGUAAAUUCAUUUGGAAGCCAAAAGGGGAUAGCGCUAAAAAGAAAGAAGAGGAUGGUAUUUUUUAUUUAGAAAUAAAAUUGGAUGAAAGCACUAGGAUGAAACAAAUAGAAAGAAUCAUUAGAGAAACUAUGGCAGAAGAGAAAAAAGGGCCGCCAAGAGAGCAGCCAAAAGAACAGCAUACAAAGAGUCAAAGUGAAAGUAGAGGUAGAAAAUUUAGGCGAUAA